AUGUUUUCUACUGUCGGCGCUCUCAAGUUAAGCAGCGAUAAUAAUCGUAAUCUGAAGACGGAUAACCCUAGCAGAAGAAAAGCUAAAUUUAAAGUUUCACCUCAGAGUUCAAUUAUGAGUCCGCCGUCGGCUACUACCGCGUUAUCUCAACCAAAGGUUGUCACCGGCGACUAUGGCUACGUACUUGAAGAUGUUCCUCAUUUGACCGAUUACAUCCCUGAUCUUCCAACAUAUCCAAAUCCCCUUCAAGAUAAUCCUGCAUAUGCAGUGGUCAAGCAGUAUUUUGUAGAUAUGGAUGACACCAUUGCUCAGAAGAUUGUAGUUCAUGCCAAUAGUCCUCGUGGCAUACAUUUUCGACGUGCUGGGCCCCGCCAAAAAGUGUAUUUUAAAUCAGGUGAUGUUCAUGCUUGUAUUGUAACAUGUGGGGGCCUAUGCCCAGGUCUCAACACCGUGAUUAGAGAAAUAGUUUGUAGUUUACAUGAUAUGUAUGGAGUUACAAGAAUCGAAGGGAUUGAAGGUGGAUACAGAGGAUUUUAUUCCAGAAAUACAAUCCCAUUAACACCUAAAGUUGCUAAUGGUAUUCAUAAACGAGGUGGCACCAUAAUCGGGACAUCACGAGGUGGCUAUGAUAACAAAAAGAUAGUCAAUAGCAUUGAAGAUCGUGGAAUUAAUCAGGUAUAUAUAAUAGGUGGAGAUGGAACACAAAAAGGGGCGUCUGCUAUCUACGAGGAAGUUAGAAGACGGGGUCUUAAAGUUGCUGUUAUCGGGAUUCCAAAAACUAUCGAUAAUGACAUUCCGAUUAUUGAUAAAUCAUUUGGAUUUGAUACUGCUGUUGAGGAGGCUCAACGUGCGAUUAACGCAGCACAUGUUGAGUCAGAGAGCAACGAGAAUUGUAUAGGACUCGUUAAGUUAAUGGGACGUAAUAGUGGGUUUAUUGCAAUGUAUGCGACUCUUGCAAGCCGAGAUGUUGAUUGUUGUUUGAUCCCUGAGUCACCUUUCUAUCUUGAAGGGCCUGGUGGUCUUUUUGAAUAUAUAGAAAAAAGAAUAAAAGAAAACGGGCAUAUGGUAAUUGUUGUUGCAGAAGGUGCAGGACAAGAACUUGUGGCUGAGAGCUUACGAGCCACCGACAACAAGGAUGCCUCCGGAAACAAGCUUUUAGACGACAUUGGCUUGUGGUUAUCUCAAAAGAUCAAGGGUCAUUUCAAGAACCGAACGGAAAUGGAAAUCAACUUAAAAUAUAUAGAUCCUACGUACAUGAUUCGAGCUGUUCCAAGUAACGCAUCAGAUAACGUUUACAGCACUCUUCUCGCUCAAAGUGCGGUUCAUGGAGCCAUGGCUGGAUACACCGGGUGCACUGUGGGCCCGGUCCACGGUAGAGAAUGUUACAUACCGUUUUACAGAAUCACGGAGAUGCAAAACAAGGUUGUGAUAACGGAUCGGAUGUGGGCCAGGAUGUUGUCUUCAACGAAUCAACCGAGUUUUUUAAAUACAAAAGAUAUUAUAGAGUCUAUUAUGGAUGAAGCACCGCCAACUCAGCUGCUUGAUGACCAGGUGGCGGAUAACGGUGUGGUGAGCAAGGAAACAGGUGUUUGUUGAUCGGAUGGUUUAUUGUUUUUGAGUUGGAUGCAAGAAGUGGAAUGAAUAAGCAAGGGUUGGAUGAUGGAUGACCCACCCGGCCACAUGAAAAAAUUAUAUAUAUAUAUAUGUAUACUUGUAGUUAAGCUUCAUAUCUCAUGCAUAUAGGAGGAUGGAUGUCCGUUGUAGAUUUUCUUGUAAUUGCUUUGGUAAGCGACGACGUACGUGUGUCUAAAAUAAUGUAACUAUACCCUCGAAUCGAUCUCUUCGUAGGGUUUACCUUUGCCCUUGUUUGAUAUAUAUAUAUAUAUAUAUAUAUUAGCUAAAAAGACACCC